AUGCGUGGUGAAGAUCCGGGUGCUUCAAGUUCGAAGCGUCCGCGUACUGGAGAAGAGGUACAGCGGUCACCAGUGCUGGUGACGCCCUCUUCUCAUUCUCGCACAGCAAGUGAUGUUGCAGUGCGCCUUGCUUGGAUGCCUUCUGCAUUCGAGAUCGCUGACAGGUCCGGCUCGACCUCACCGCCGAAACCGAUACCCUUGUAUGUUUGCAGCGCCAUCAGCGAUGACGCUGAAGCUGUCAACAUGCACUUUGAUCCGUCUACGAAUCAAAGCCGUGAUUACUGA